AACAUGGACACAUUAAUUGAAUGUCAGUCAGAGGGCGAUAUCAAGGUGCUUCCAUUGCUGACGUCAUGUGAGAGCGAAGACAGCAUUUGCCAGCUAAUUGAAGUUAAGAAGAGAAAGAAAGUGCUGUCCUGGCCGUCUCUCAUGAGAAAGCUCUCUCCUUCACCAGACUUCUCUGGGUCAUCGGAACCAGAGCUGAAAGUGUCGCUGUUUGAUCAACCCUUGUCAAUCAUCUGCAGGGAGAACGACACACUCCCUAGACCCAUCCAGGACAUCCUCACCAUCCUCUGCCUUAAAGGGCCUUCAACUGAAGGAAUAUUCAGGAAAGCGGCCAGCGAGAAAGCCCGCAAGGAGCUGAAGGAGGAGCUUAACUGUGGGGGCUCUGUGGAUCUGAACCAGCUCCCUGUGCACCUCCUGGCUGUGGUCUUCAAGGACUUCCUCCGAGGAAUCCCCCAGAAGCUGCUCUCCUGUGACCUCUUUGAGGACUGGAUGGGAGCCCUGGAGAAGCCCAGCGAGGAGGACAGGAUCGAGGCCCUGAAGCAGGUUGCUGAUCGGCUCCCCCGGCCCAACCUCCUUCUGCUCAGGACCUUGGUCUACGUGCUACACCUUAUCAGCAAGAACGCCGAGGUCAACAAGAUGGACUCCAGCAACCUGGCCAUCUGCAUCGGGCCCAACAUGCUCACGCUGAAGAAUGACCAGAGCCUGUCCUUCCAGGCCCAGAGGGACCUGAACAAUAAGGUUAAGAUCUUGGUGGAAUUCCUCAUUGACAACUGCCUUGAAAUAUUUGGGGAGAACAUUCCGACACAUUCCCGCAUCACUUCUGAUGACUCUCUGGAACACACUGACAGCUCAGACGUGUCGACUCUGCAGAACGACUCGGCCUAUGACAGCAAUGACCCGGAUGUAGAGCCCGCGAAUGGGGUUGCCUCUCCCAGCAGGCAGCUGGAGGGUCCCACUACCACUGUGGCUGGCAUGGAUACCCGGGGGCCCCGGAACACCUGUGAGUCGAGCUCAGAAUCCAGUGUCAGCAUGGUAGCCAGGCUGAAAAGCUCCAUUGGCCAGCAAGACAGGCGUUUCUCUGAACCCAACAUGUCACCCUCACGAGAGUGCGUCGUGGGCCCGAUAACCAAGCAAAAGCUAACGAGGAGCGAGGACAGCUUCGCUCUGCCCCAGGAAGCCUCCUGUUCUGAAGGCGAUGAGGCUGAAGAUCCCUUUACAGAGGAAGUCUUCCCAGCAGUUGAAGGCAAACCCAUGAGACCAGUGGAUUUGAAGAUAAAGAACUUGACCCAAGGUUUAGCAUCUCCACAGGGACCUGCAAACAAAGCUUUCUCCAGCUUCUCCCUGGGGGAAUCUUUGGACAGCUCACCUGUGCCUUCUCCAUCCUGUCCCAAGAGAAACUUCUUCACCAGACACCAGAGUUUCACCACAAAGACGGACAAGACCAAGCCCCAGAGAGAAAUUAGAAAGCACUCCAUGUCAUUUUCCUUUGCGUCUCACAAGAAAGUGCUGCCCCGGACCUCCAGCAUUGGGUCUGAGAAAUCCAAAGACUUCUCUAGAGACCAGCUCCAGAAGGACUUGAGGAAAGAGAGCCAGCUUGCCGGCAGAAUCAUCCGGGAAAAUGAGUCCGAAAUCCAAAGCCAAACAAAUCUGGGCUUCAGCUUGUCUGGAACCUGGGCCCUCUCAGUCGAUAACACGUUCCAGUUCGUUGAUGUGAGGAAGCCAGGAAGCCCACCAUCUUAUGAAGAGGCCAUUUAUUACCAGACAUCAGGACUCACAGCCUACAGUGGCCAGACAGUUGGGAGUAUGAGGGCAAGAAUGUUGAAGCAGAGCAUGGCGGUGCCCCCUGUGCCUUCUCACCAUGAAGGUGAGCUCAGUGAAGGGACACCUGGUGGACACAGACUGUCUUCCGUGACUGAGCACUGGACACAGAGUCAGACUGUCCACGUCUCUGUAGAAACUCGGGGGAGAUCUGAGCUACAUCGGUUGAGGACAGUGUCUGAGUCCGUGCAGAGGGCUAAGCUGGACUACCUUGGGCAGCAACACAGCCACUUGGUCUUUGAGGUUGACCAACUCCGAUGUGCUAAAGAAUCCUACAUUUAGGAAGGAGACCUUGUACCGUGGCUAACUUGUAUGUGAGGAUACUGCUGCAGAGAACUGCCUGUCGAGUCUGUUCCCCAAAAUGUCAUAGAUAAGCUCAUUCAGAAUGUCAUGUGGAGCUCUCCUCCGUGAGGGUGGCUCUCACAGUGACACCAGUUCGUGUCCGUGUGUAACAGGGUUUGUGCAAUAUGUAGUAAAUGUAUAAAAUGUAUUAUAUACAAGGUAUUUGAUACAAAGGGUGUUAUGUGCAUGCACUUCUGUACUUUUCAUAUGCUGCUUUCUUGUCCCUCAGGCACUUGUUUCUAUAGACAAAGAAUCUUUACUUUUAACGUUACAGCAAAUGUCAUGCCCAUGUUCACAUUUUCCGUGAGCCACAUGUAGGCAGAAAUGUCUGCACCUCUGAUGCGCCUUCCCCUAAGCAGGCUU